GGAGGGAAAAUAGAUGUCUUUGGCAAUCAAGAUAGACAAGAUGUAGGAUAGACGGAAUGCAAUUUCGGAAACAUCAUGAAAAGAUGAGAAAUGCAGGUGAGGAAAAUUUCUGUCCUUCACGCCGUGCUGGCGCUCACGCGGAGCAACUGGUAAAGCGCGAUCACGAAGACAUUGGCGGACCGCGUGAAACACGAUCCAGACACUCACUCCAGUCCACCAGGUCCGAGCAGGUGGACGACGACGAAGACGACGACGACACAGACAAGGUCCAGAUUGAGUAUUCCUAUCGACAAUGUCGUCAGCUCCAUCGGACACACUCCUGCACCCUCAUCGAUCCGAGACCAAAGCAGGAAAACAGCACGAAUGCCGUGAAAGGGAAGGCAAGGGCGAAUGUGCGAUCGAUGAUGACGAUGCGGAAGUCGUGUGGGGCGCGAAAGCAUAGGGACAGGCGCAGAACAAAAGAGAAGGAAACGAAUGCGAGAGAGGGCAAGAAACCAUGGUGCGUACCCCCAGCUUCAGCUUGCCAUCACCAACGAUCCCGCCGCACCUCUAUUCCUACCGCCACCCCGAGGGUCCACUCAGCCAGGCCAUGAACCACCUCAUUGGGUUGGUGUGACGAUCCUCGAAGUCCCUCGCUGGGCAAUUCUCGUCCUUGUGACGAGUGACCCCGUCGCGGCGUGCGUAGAAGAAGAUGCCGCACCAGUCGCAGGGGACCUUC